AUGCUGCUCACCGUGUUCUGUCUGCGCCGCGACCGUAGCGAGCUCACCUUCUCACUUCAGGUGGACGCGGACUUUGAACUGCAAAACUUCCGCGCUCUCUGCGAGCUGGAGUCCGGUAUCCCGGCGGCCGAGAGCCAGAUCGUCUAUGCCGAGCGGCCCCUGACUGACAACAACAGAUCCUUGGCCUCCUAUGGCUUGAAGGAUGGGGAUGUGGUGAUCCUGAGACAGAAGGAGGCUGUGGAGCCACGACCUGCCAUCCGAUUCCCAGGCCUGCCGAGGAUAGACUUCAGCAGCAUCGCCGUUCCGGGCACCUCCGCACAGCAGCAGCCGGCGGCGCCGCGCCCGCGCCCCUCCCCCCCCGAGGCGCCAGGGCUGCCCCAGGGCCUGAGCAACCCUGUGCUGCUGCGGGAGAUGCUGCUGGCCAACCCCCACGAGCUCUCCCUGCUCAAGGAGCGCAACCCGCCCUUGGCAGAGGCCUUGCUCAGCGGGGACCUGGAGAAAUUCACCAGGGUGCUGCUGGAGCAGCAGCAGGACCGAGCCCGGCGGGAGCAGGAGAGGAUCCGACUCUAUUCAGCUGACCCCUUUGACCUGGAGGCACAGGCCAAGAUAGAAGAAGACAUAAGGCAACAAAACAUUGAGGAAAACAUGACAAUAGCAAUGGAGGAGGCCCCUGAGAGCUUUGGGCAGGUGGUGAUGCUCUACAUCAACUGCAAAGUCAAUGGACAUCCAGUGAAAGCCUUUGUUGACUCAGGUGCCCAGAUGACCAUCAUGAGCCAAGCCUGUGCUGAAAGGUGCAACAUCAUGAGGCUGGUGGAUCGGCGGUGGGCUGGCAUCGCCAAGGGCGUUGGGACACAGAAAAUAAUUGGCAGAGUCCACUUAGCUCAGGUCCAGAUCGAAGGGGAUUUCCUGGCCUGCUCCUUCUCCAUCCUUGAAGAGCAGCCCAUGGACAUGCUUCUAGGACUGGAUAUGCUGAAGAGGCAUCAGUGUUCAAUUGAUCUCAAGAAGAAUGUUCUAGUGAUUGGCACGACUGGCUCCCAGACCACCUUCCUCCCUGAGGGCGAGCUCCCCGAGUGUGCCCGGCUGGCCUACGGGGCCGGGCGGGAAGAUGUGCGGCCGGAGGAGAUCGCAGACCAGGAACUAGCAGAAGCAAUACAGAAGUCUGUAGAGGAAGCAGAACGUCAGAAGCCUUGAUGCAUGUAGUGUGUGUUUGCUGCAGCUGGAGUGGGCCAC